AAUAAAAUCCGCUCAUGGACUUCGAAAGCCUCGACAAGACUCAGUGCAGCGGUGAUUGAGGUUCCAGGAGAGACACUGUGGAGCCUCUACGUGUCUCUUCCGGGGUUGCGUUCACUGACUUAAACGGAAUGUUGUAAAGAACAACGUGUAUCUUCUAAAAUAUCACGAAUCAAAGAUCGUUGUGUUGUGCACUCGUCGUUUGUCUAUUCCACUUGAAUGAUCUGUCACAACAGGGGCGAAGCAGCCGAGCAGCGUCCUCCACAAUGCCGCCGUGAAGUGGCCCGUGUGGGAGGCGCAGGAGGAGGAGAGCCCGGACACGGAAAGGUCCACGCACAACAUCCACCAUGUCGAACCGCAAGCACCGGGACAACCAGGAGAUCUGCGCCCGUAAGGUCCGCGAGCUGGCCCAGUCCGGAGUAAACAAACACUGCUUCGAGUGCAACCAGCCCGGGGUGACUUACACGGACGUGACCGUGGGCAGCUUCGUGUGCACGUCGUGCUCCGGAAUGCUGAGAGGCCUCAACCCUCCGCACAGAGUCAAGUCCAUCUCCAUGACGACGUUCUCCCAGCAGGAAGUGGAAUUCCUUCAAAACCAUGGCAACGAGGUCGGCAGGAGGACUUGGUUGUGCGUGUUUGAGCCCAAGGCGGACGGCUGCUCCGACAUGAAGGACUUGCAGAAGUUCAAAGAAUAUCUGCAGGACAAAUAUGAGAAGAAGAAAUGGCAUUUUUCCAAAAUGAAGAACUGCCGAGACAUGGAGGGAGGUCCUUGGAGUCCAGGGGUCCAGGCCGUCCUCGCUCAUGGUCCUUUGGCCGGGCAGCACCCCCCUCAUAGCCUGCCCCCAAACGCCAGGCCUGCCAGGAUGCUGUCCCAGAUGUCGCCGUGGGAUCGAGCCCCGGCCGUUUCGCCCGCCGACGUCCGCGCUGACGUGUUUACCGCUCGGCCCUCGCGCUCCCAAAGUUUCCGAGACGCCCCGCUGAAAGACCACAACAUGUGCGGUAUUGAGAGACAGCGCCCCGGCUCACUAUCGUCAGCACUGGGGGGUCCAACCCACGGCCCUUCCUUUCCUGCCCUCCCGCGGCCUUCAGCAAGUAGCUCUUUCAAAAACCACUUCACUUUAGGUCGCGCAGUGUCUGCCUCGGGGACCACGGGGCCUUUCAGGGCCUUCCCCAAAUCUCUCAGCUUGGACUUUGGAGGGUUAAAACACACUCAAGCUCAGCCUCCUGUUCCUCUGCAGAGCGCCAAUGCACAGGACAGAUUCGCCGCAGUGUCCCACCUGGACAGUGUCUUCUCUGACACAGCGCCCCCUGCCGGCCCUCCGCAGUACAGUAGCCUGUUUGCAAGCAGGCUGUCUUCCAGCUCCACUCCCGCCAGCUCCCCAGGAGUGGAAACAGUGUCCAGCUCACAGACAUUUGCAAAUUUCCCCAACCCAUUCAGCUCCGGCACCGUCUCCCAGCAGCCCACUGCACUGUCCCCCAGUAACCCCUUCAGCAGCCCCCCAGGAGGCGACUCCAGUGCAGUUUUACCGCCGCCUGCCUCAUUUCCUCCAGAGGCCGUCAACAACCAGGAAGUCAAUGGUUUUGCUGCCUUGCCCGCCUCCGACGAGCAGCCCAAAGUCCCUCGGCCCAUGUCGGUCAACCCGUUUACAGGGAACGUUUACCCGAGUUGGGCGACGUCACGAAACCCUUUCAUCUGACCAGUGCAUCUCUGGAAACUUCACAAGUCUCAAGUGUUUUCAAGUCAGCUUGGAGGGUUUGCAGGGCAUGCAGACCUCCCUCUCCCCUUUCUUUGUAGGCUCCUCCUAUUUGUCUGUUUGUGUGUGUGUGUGUUUGUGUGUUUUUUUUUUGAUUGAUUGAAACUUGUAUUAGUAGAUUGCACGGUUCAGUACAUAUUCCGUACAAUUGACCACUAAAUGGUAACACCCGAAUAAGUUUUUCAACUUGUUUAAGUCGGUCCACGUAAAUCAAUUCAUGGUACGAACGUGUGUGUGUGUGUGUGUGUGUGUGUGUGUGUGUGUGUGUGUGUGUGUGUGUGUGUGUGUGUGUGUGUGUGUGUGUGUGUGUGUGUGUGUGUGUGUUAGGGGGGAUAAAAUGCAUGAAUGUAAUCCUGACUCCCAUUUUGUCUCAUUGGGGGCGUGGUAGUAGAUGCCGCCUACAGUGGGAGUCAACAAAUAUUUUUUCAAACAUGUUACAUGCAAACUGCUGCUACUGUCCCUUUUCUCUCAUCCCCCCGCUUAAAGUAUAAAAGAAAAAUAAUGAUAACCCGCCAACAGUAUUGAAAAAGCCACACAAAAUCGGGCUUUCAAUGAAGUGUUAGUAAUUAUGCUAAUUUGCCGCCUUAAAGCCUCCUGAUGCAUGUGCAGAAGCAUCGAAAAGGCCUUUUUUUCAACCCACUUUCAGGCUGCAUGAGCUUAGAGGGCUAAAAUGCUACUGAAUGUAAAAGUUUGCUGCACAAUAACUUCAUGGAUGAAAUGUUAGUGCUUCUUAUUACUGGACCAAAAUGUUUUUUUUGCCAAAAAAGAAAGAAAUGAUGGAAACAUGAAGGACUUGUGUAACAAUUGUUAUUCAUGUUCAUAAAAUCACUUUGUUUGCCUAUUAAGGGACUUUGCCUGCGAGUCUUAUCAUUGGGCACAAAAAUGGAGUCCAACAAUAACAUUAACAACAUUGCUACAAAGGUUUUAACAAAGACUCAUAAAACUCACACAUUGUAGGCCGACUGCAGUGAUUAGUUUCACCAGCAGAGGGUGCUGGUUGUUUAUUUUCCCCACUGAUGUCUUGCUGGAGGUUAAUUUAGGAUGCACAUUGCAUAACAUGCAUAUUGUGUUGGAAUACUCUGCAAAGACAGAACGCCACCAGGGUAGCUAUUUUUAGAUUUAAUUCACAGCCUUCCCCACCUCAACUGUUUGUAUUGAAUUAUAUAGUUAUACUCGGGAAUAACUGGACAAGUGCAUUCAUGUUUUAGCAAUAAAUAAAUGAUGCAAAUGUGGAGGGAACACUGGCAUCCUCCACACAUCAUC